AUGAGCUCGGAAACCCCGCGCGACUCGUCGGAACAGCUUCGGACCAAAAAACGUGCUCGAUACACGCAGGUGGCUUGCAAUGAGUGCAAGCGACGCAAGUUGAAAUGUAAUGGCGAGAUUGUCUGCGCGCGCUGUGAACGCGACGGCGUCCAGUGCGUUUACACGACCAACGCCCAUGUCGCGGCCAGAAUUCCUGAUGUGGGAGAGUCGCAGGAUGGCCAGGUGGACUCGCAAUUCCGCGCUGUGGACCGCAAGAUCGAAUUGCUCCAGCGUGAGAUACAAUUGAUGGCCGCUCGUAUGCGCGAAAUGGAGACGGUACUGGGCCAUCGUGACAGCAAUCGAACCGCCAACCCCCAGGUACCUAGCGCGUAUACACCGGCUGCUGCAUCAGCUUCGGGAACGGGAACGACAUCCAGCAGCGCCGGUGCUGCGCUUGGUCGCAUUCUCAACCCACCCAAAUCCCCGACGUACAUUGGCCCUACGAGUGCAGAAUUCGGGCUCACUGCGCGCCGGAAGAGUGUCAGUGAUGGCGAAGAGUCUAGCCCGUUGCCAUUAGAGGCAAUUCUGACGACUGGGGAUCCUAUCACGGAGCUAGGACUGGCUGAAUCGCUUCGACUGCUGUCGGUAUACGAGCAGUCGGUGGGAAUCAUGUACCCCUGCGUCGACCUUGACAGCGUGCGCACAUAUAUCAUCGAUUUUAUUCGUGGGGGCGGCAAUGCACCAGCGGUGGCCAACGCAGCAGACCAGGACUGGUUCUUUGCACGCGAUGCGUCCGUUAUCAAGAUGAUCCUGGCGACGGCCUUGCUAGCGGAAUCACACGGCCGUAGUGAAAGAGCGGCGCAGUUGGCAGACAUUGUGGAGGAUGAGUUUGCUACUCGAGUUAAGAUUGCCGACGUGGAUAUGAAGGAGCUGCUGAUUUUGGCGUUGUUGUCUAUUUUUCAUUCCUACCGUGACGACGAAGUCAUCGCCUGGCGUCAGAUUGGCCUGGCGGUUCGAGGGUCCAUGCAGCUCGGACUACACCGUCAGGAGACCUGGCAGCGAACCGGCGGUGUUUUCCCCGGCGAGCUACAAUGCAACUGGGCUAGUCGUCUGUUCUGGUGCAUCUAUGUCCUCGACCGCAAGUGGUCCUUUGGCACUGGUCUCCCAUUUGCCAUCCAAGACUCGGAUAUGGACACUAACCUUCCGGAGCCUGGUGCUGCGACUCCGUAUCUUACCUGUAUGAUCAACUACGCCCGACUGAGCACUAAGAUUUGGGGCUUGGUCGUGGGUUGGCCUGGCCGACCACGAUCCUCCACGUCGGAUCGUUGCUCUUAUCUCGACUUCCAGGUCCAGCAGUGGAUCCAGUCUAUUCCCCCAGAGCUCCGAUUUGAUCCAUCGCAAUUCCAAACCCCUGACUUCGACCCGCCUCCGGAUAGCAUGGUGAUGCAGCAGGUCUUGUUAGCUUUGCAAGCUAACCAGCUGCGCAUCUUGGUAUAUCGCCAGAACUUGCUGAGCACGGAAAGCAUCGAGGCAGAUUUCUCGGGUGCCUCCGUUGCUGUCGAAACAGCGAAAAGGACUGUGCAUAUGCUGGACUGUUUUAGUCGUGUUUCAGGCUUGUACUUCCAACGCCCAGAGCCGUUUAAUUACUUUCUGCUUUCAGCGUUAGCUGCGUUGUUCCUGGCUGUCCUGCAUGCUCCCAACCGCUUCAGUCAGGUUUGUCGCCCAGAGUUCUAUUCGGCUGUAGAUUUAGUGAGACGAUCGUCAACCAGAGCCCGGACAUCGCGACGACUACAAAAGAUUAUUCGCAGUUUGAAGUUGAUCCCUUUGCAUUGGGACGGUGGUGAACCGCGCGCUCAUGACCAGGGGAACAGGAAUGUUGCGGCUUCUAGCGCUCAUGCUUAUCACGCCAGCUCGAUUCCAAACCAUACGGCAUACACGUCCACUCCUGUUUCGACCUCUUCUUCACCCCAUAUCCAGUCAGCGAUACACAGUGUUCCCACCGAGCAGCCUUCUACAGCUUGGUCUACAACACCAGCGGUUACCCUCCCAACCGAUACAAAUAACAGUUGCGAGGACCUGACAAGCUUCUUCGAACUGGCGGGAGGACUAUACUUUGAUCCGCAAAUUGAGACGGAAGUCGACGGAAACGGCAAGGGCCAUGGAGCGUUCGUCCAGACCAGUGAUGCGCGUCUAUCCGAUGCUAUUCACGCGGAGGAUGAGGCAUUAACAAGGGUGAUGGCUGGGCUGCUAUAG